UUCCCAAGCUGUCUCCUGCUCAGGAAGAAGACCAUGAAGAGCCCCCUUGUGCUGAUUGUGCUGCUGUCCUUGCUAGUGGCCAAGUUCUGCCAUGCUUACUGUGUUGAGUCUCAGGAGCCACAGCUGCCCAGUGGAAUCCAAGCCAAGAAGAGCUCAGACCCUUACAAGCUGCCUCCCUCUUUGCUCCGGAGAUUGUAUGACAGCCAAGGGAUUUCUGGUGAGGCACUCAUCAGGCUGUUGGGCAAGGAAGAAAUAAGUCCCCAGGCACUUGCCUCUUCCCAGAAACGAGACAUGCAUGAUUUCUUCGUCGGACUCAUGGGUAAAAGGACCACAGAACCUGAUAAUCCCAUACCAGAUAAUAGGGAAGUGCUCACUGAUUUUGGAGACCUAAAGUACUCACCAAAUGCAGAAUGA